AGAGAGAGGACUUCGUAUGUCCGAGCAGCAAGCAACAAUCUGCCUCAGAUCCGGAGAAACACCGAUUAAAGUACCGGAACCGAGCGGUGGACAGGCAGCGGAGUGCCGCGGUGACUCAGCAGCUUCCCGCUGGAUCGAGCCGAAAGCGGAGGUCGGGCUGAAGCAGGUGACGGUGUCAUGGCUGCCCACUUCACUGAGUUACCCUCCUAAACUUCCCACAACAUAAACACUGUAGAAUCUGCACGUCUGAGCAAUCGAAUCAAACACAGCACAGGGCGUGUGCGUGUGCGUGUGCGCGUGCGAGGGAUGACAACCUCCCAUCUGAACGGCCAUGUUGCUGGAGAGGGAGGAGGAGAUGAAGAGCUGAGGGGAGGACAGCAGCACCGGGAAAUGGCCGUCGACUGUCCAGGAGAGCUGGGGAGCCGAACGCUGCCUGUGCGGCGCUCAGCACAGCUGGAGAGGAUACGACAGCAUCAGGAGGACCUUCGGCGUCGUAGAGAAGAGGAGGGUCGGCAGCUGGAUCUGAACGCCUCGCUCAGACUCAGGACCCUCUCCCAGAAUCCCUACAGUGGGAUCGACAACCCCACAUUCCUGCAGGACACACCGCAGCUGCCGGCGCUUGGCAGUCAGCACACACACCCACUGCUGGAGUUGGAGGAACUCCUGCUGUCGCUGAAGCAGGUCCGGGGCUGCCUGUCGGACCAGCAGAGUCAGAAUGACAUCGAGUUGGUCCUCGCUCUGUUAAACAAGUCGGACUUCCAGUCAGCGCUGAAGAUCCACAAUGCUGUGGCCGGCAGCAUGCACCGACCAUCUCCACCAUACCCCCACACGCAGCAGGCACUUCCACUCGCCAUGGAGGUCAGGAAUCUCCUACAGGCACAUCACAAUAAAGAAGGACUGUAGCUCUACAGCCUGCUGUCAGACACACAUGUGCAGUCGUUGCUUCUGGCCCACGACAGCAUAGCGGAGAGAGAAAUGCAGCCCGAGACGCUGCCCGCUGAAGGGGAGACGCUGACCCAGUGGGGAGGAGAGACCGUGAAGAUAGUUCGCAUAGAGAAGGCCCGAGACGUACCGCUGGGGGCGACUGUUCGUAAUGAAAUGGACAGCGUUGUGAUCAGUCGUAUCGUUCGCGGCGGAGCAGCUGAACGAAGCGGACUUUUAUCGGAAGGAGACGAAAUCCUGGAAAUUAACGGCAUCGAGAUCAGAGGGAAAGACGUCAACCAAGUGUUUGACAUCCUUGCUGACAUGCACGGUCUCCUGACCUUUGUGUUGAUUCCCAGCAAUCAGAGCAAACCUCCUCCCAUCAAAGAGACUGUGAUCCACGUGAAGGCUCAUUUCGACUACGAUCCCUCGGACGACCCCUACGUGCCGUGCAGAGAGCUCGGCUUAUCCUUCCAGAAGGGAGAUAUUCUGCACAUUAUCAGCCAGUCUGACCCCAACUGGUGGCAGGCGUACAGGGACGGAGACGAGGAUAACCAGCCGCUCGCCGGGCUGGUGCCAGGGAAGAGUUUUCAGCAGCAGAGAGAAGCCAUGAAACAAACCAUAGAAGAAGAGGAGCCCGAGAAGUCUGGGAAGCUGUGGUGUGGAAAGAACAAGAAGAGGAAGAGGAAGAAGCUGCCAUACAACUCUCACAGGAAUGAAGAUCUCGAUAACGAGGAAAUUCUCACCUAUGAGGAGAUGGCUCUGUACCACCAGCCGGCCAAUAGGAAGCGGCCAAUUGCUCUUAUUGGUCCGAGUGGCUGUGGGCAGGAGCAGCUCAGGCAGAGGCUGUUCAACAGCGAACCGGAGCGCUUCGCUGGAGCCGUACCUCACACCACGCGGAGCCGUCGGGAGGGCGAGCAGAGCGGUCGAGACUAUCACUUUGUUUCUCGUCAGACUUUCGAGGCUGAACUGGCAACUGGGAAGGUGAUCGAGUCCGGAGAGUUUGAGAAGAACCUGUACGGGACGAGUACGGACUCGGUGAGGCAGGUCAUCAACACUGGAAAAAUCUGCGUGCUGUGUCUGCACACACAGGCUCUGAAGGUGCUGAGGAGUUCAGACUUGAAGCCUUACAUCAUCUUCAUAGCUCCGCCCUCCCAGGAACGACUUCGAGCCUUAUUGGCUAAAGACAACAAGAACCCCAAGCCUGAGGAGCUGCGUGACAUCAUCGAGAAGGCGCGUGAGAUGGAGCAGAGCUGCGGUCACCUGUUCGACGCCAUCAUCGUGAAUACGGAUCAGGACAAAGCUUUCAACGAGCUGCUGAGACUCAUCAACAAGUUGGACACAGAGCCGCAGUGGGUGCCCUGCUCCUGGCUGCGCUGAGCGCGCGCACACACACACAGACCGGCAGACUGUGUGUAUACCCUCCCCCCCUCUUUUGUUUCUGUUGGACCUCGCCGUGACCGCCAUCGGCGCCGCCUUCUUGUCAUUUUGAUCAUUUGAUUGGAUUUUUUUUGUUUGUUUUACUUGUUGGAAAAACACACUCACCUGUCCAGGUGAGGCUGCUCAGGAGGAAAUGUGAAAAUCAAACCCUUUAGCUGCUGACUCCGCCCCCUUGGCUGGGCCGUCUGCUGAUUGGUGGGCUGAGAGCACCGACUUCCUGUCUGACUGAUUUUUACUGCACUGUUUUUUUCCAGUCAGCGGAUUCUGGCCUUUGACCCUGCGGCCUGCAGGUGUGUGUGAAGUGUUACUCUGAGCUGAAGUAGAGACUCAUCAUUACUGUAGAGCUUUUAUAUAUUUGUAAUAUUAAAAAUAGAUUUAUGAAGACCUGAAUGCACCAAUAGGAUCGCAGCUUUCUCACCCUCCUCCCCUGCCAUUGGUCCAGGAGGAGGGGGUGGGGCUAGCUGUGUUGAAUGUAAUUGAUCCCACUUCCUGUUUGUCACUUCCUCCUGAGAGAAAAAAAACUUUUGUAUGAACUCACGAAGAAAUGAAUAAAAUAGAAAUCAAUAGAAAA